UGAUCAGGAAACUUAUCCAUUCCUUUCUUGUAACUUAAUAAUAAUAAUAAAAAAAUAGAGUCGAAUACCAUAGAUGCGACUUAUUAGUGUGACACACCUAAAUAAGUUAUUGAGAUAACGUUUUAAACUAAUUUGUAAAUAUAAAAAGCGUGAAAUAAUCUCAACCAAUGCCAUACCAUCAUGUGUUGAUUGUGUUCACAGUUGUUGCCUUCCUUAGUGUUUAUACUUUAUAUAUUUGCCACCACCACACUAUAUGCCACUACAAUACAAAUAUACAACUCAGAAAACGCCGGCCCAGUUAUCGACGUAAAUGGCCGCUCGAAGACUCUCCGGCGUCCUCUCCCGGUCACUUUCUCUUCGCCCUCUUUCUUCUUCGGUUGUUUCUCGAGGAAAAAGAUCCAACUUGGAAGGCGAAUCACGAAGAUUCGGUACUGCUGCAGCACUUGAACAACCAAUUACUCCAUCUGUUCGCAUUAAUUACACUCAGCUUCUAAUAGAUGGAAAAUUUGUUGAUUCAGCAUCUGGAAAGACAUUCCCAACCUUGGAUCCACGAACAGGGGAAGUCAUUGCCAAUGUAGCAGAAGGCGAUGCAGAAGAUAUCAAUCGGGCAGUUUCUGCUGCCCGCAAGGCAUUCGACGAAGGGCCUUGGCCUAAAAUGAGUGCUUAUGAAAGGUCGUGUGUUUUGCUAAGAUUCGCGGAUUUGGUGGAAAAACACAAUGACGACAUUGCAGCCCUUGAGACAUGGGACAACGGGAAGCCGUAUGAACAGGCUGCAAAAGCUGAAGUACCAAUGUUGACACGUCUAUUUCGCUAUUAUGCUGGUUGGGCGGAUAAGAUCCAUGGGUUAACGGUUCCAGCAGAUGGGCCUUACCAAGUGCAUACUUUGCAUGAACCAAUUGGGGUUGCUGGACAGAUCAUUCCAUGGAACUUUCCUCUUCUUAUGUUUGCUUGGAAAGUCGGUCCUGCCCUUGCUUGUGGCAACACCAUUGUUCUUAAAACAGCUGAACAAACUCCAUUGACUGCUCUUUAUGUUGCACAAUUGCUCCAUGAGGCGGGUCUUCCUCCUGGUGUACUUAAUAUAGUUUCAGGAUUCGGUCCAACUGCUGGAGCAGCUCUUGCUAGCCAUAUGGAUGUUGAUAAGAUUGCUUUUACAGGAUCAACUGAAACCGGUAAAAUUGUGCAAGAAUUGGCUGCAAAGAGCAAUCUUAAGCCAUGUACUUUAGAGCUUGGAGGGAAAUCGCCUUUUAUUAUUUGUGAGGAUGCUGAUAUUGAUAAGGCUGUGGAACUAGCUCACUUUGCUCUCUUUUUCAAUCAAGGACAAUGUUGUUGUGCUGGUUCGCGUACAUUUGUUCAUGAGCGCGUAUACGAUGAGUUUAUAGAGAAAUCAAGAGCACGAGCUCAAAGACGAACUGUUGGUGAUCCUUUCCAAAAGGGUAUUGAACAAGGCCCUCAGAUCGAUUCGGAGCAAUUUGAGAAGAUUUUAAAAUACAUAAAAUCCGGUGUUGAAAGCAAUGCGACUCUUGAAUGUGGAGGUGACAGAUUAGGGUCCAAAGGUUACUACAUCCAACCAACCGUUUUCUCGAAUGUUCAGGACGAUAUGCUGAUAGCGAAAGAUGAGAUCUUCGGCCCUGUUCAAUCCAUCUUGAAAUUCAAGGAGAUCGAUGAUGUGAUAAAGAGGGCUAAUGCGACAAGAUAUGGACUUGCAGCUGGUGUGUUCACCAAGAACCUUGAUACAGCAAACAGAUUGACUCGGGCAUUGAGGGCUGGGACUAUUUGGGUGAAUUGUUUUGAUGUGUUUGAUGCUGCAAUUCCUUUUGGAGGGUAUAAGAUGAGUGGAAUUGGAAGGGAGAAGGGUAUUUACAGCCUUAAUAAUUAUUUACAGAUCGAACACUCAAUUGGAUGA